UGUUAAACACGUAUCGUACAAAUAAAACCCUACACCCAUGCAAAUCUAUUGCAUUGCAUUCGACGCAACACAAAAACACAAAACACAAACACAUGGCUUCUUCAUCUUUCUCCUUCUUCUUCCUCACGUUGCUUCUCCUCGCCGUUAUCUCCGCCGUCACUCCCUGCCCGCCGUCAGAACGGGCAGCACUCUUGGCCUUCAAAGCUGCCCUAACCGAACCCUACUUGGGCUUCUUCAACACAUGGAACGGCACUGACUGCUGCGGGAGCUGGUACGGCAUCGCCUGCGACCCCACCACCGGCCACGUCACCGACGUCAACCUCCGCGGCGAGUCCCAGGACCCAAUGUUCCAGAAACUCGGCCGCUCCGGCUACAUGACCGGGACAAUCUCGCCGGAAAUUUGCACAUUGAGCAACCUCACCUCCCUCGUAGUUGCCGACUGGAAGGGGAUCUCCGGCGAGAUCCCUGCCUGCGUCACAUCACUCUCCUCUCUUCGACUUCUGGACCUCGCCGGAAACUGUCUGACCGGCCAGAUUCCAACUGACAUCGGAAAUAUCCGGAGCCUGAGUGUGUUGAGUCUCGCCGACAAUGAGAUCUCCGGCGAGAUUCCAACGUCGAUUGUGAAACUCGCCAGACUCAUGCAUCUGGACCUCAGCAAUAACCAUCUCUCCGGCGAGAUACCCUAUGAUUUUGGGAAACUCCGCAUGCUGAGUCGGGCAUUGCUGAGUGGGAACCAAUUAACCGGGUCAGUACCCAAAUCGGUAUCCAGAAUGAAGCGGCUUGCGGAUUUGGAUGUAUCGUUGAACCGGUUAACCGGUUUUAUUCCGGUUGAGUUGGGGAAAAUGAAGGUUCUUUCUACUUUGAAAUUGGAUGGUAACUCUAUGACGGGUCCGGUGCCUCCCACUUUGUUGAGCAAUACGGGUAUGGGUAUACUGAACCUCAGUCGAAACGGGUUUUCGGGUAUCAUACCCGAUGUUUUCGUGGCGGAUUCUUAUUUUAUGGUUCUUGACUUGUCUUUCAACAACUUCUCGGGUCGGAUACCCAGUUCGUUAUCCGCAUCUAAGUUUAUGGGGCAUUUGGAUUUGAGCAACAACCACCUGUGUGGAACCAUCCCAAUCGGGUCUCCCUUUGAUCACAUUGAUGCGGCGUCGUUCAGCAACAAUGAUUGUUUGUGUGGAAACCCGUUGAAGACUUGUUGAUGGUCGACCCGACCCGAAUGAGUGUUGGGUUGUUGGUGAAUAUUAAUAUAUAUGAUUUGGUCAUAGUGAAGGAGGCAAAGUGUGAUUUGAAUUUAUCUAAUGUGAUAGUUUUUGUGAUGUAAUAUAUAAUUAGAGGAAGUGUUGAAAUGGACAAAAGUUAUUAUGAGGGUGCUCCUGGUUGCAUGUGCAUGCAAGUGAGCAUGGGUGAAAGAGAGCUCUGAAAAUUCUUGUAUUGCAUGUGGGUUUCAGAGUUGCAUGUGAAAGAUUUGGAUCAUGAUUCCGUUUGUCUUCUGAUUCUACAACCAAACCCAUCCUGUUUUUUAAGAUAACUUUAAAUAAUAUUUCUUGUAUUAACAGUAUUUAA